UUAUAUAUAUGUAUGUAUGUAUAUACUUAAACUUGUGGUGGGCUUUACGUUUCAAAUUGUUGACUUAGCCUAUCAAUUUCUGGAAGAAAUUUCACAAACAUUUCCUAAAGACUAGCUAAAGGGCAUCUAAUGCAAUUGGUCUCGAUCCAGGUAGUUUCCAUUACUACGCAUAAAAGAAAUUUAUUUAUAUUCUCCCCUUAGUUAAAAGAAAACUGUAUCUAGCCAUCCUAGAGCAAAAAAAAAAAAAAAAGUCAAUUCAUAUUGUAUUAAUUUAUUAUUAAUAAAGACCUGACUAGGUGAAGCGUUGUUCUUUCUUCUUGCUCAGGGGGUCAGGUUAUACCCUCAACUUAAGACAUAAGUUUUACACCAAACGAAACUCAAAAUUCCACAAUCCUAAAUCCUCUUGAUCGUCAGUCAUAUUCCCAAUAUUCUUCCUUAAUCUCCUAUCAUAAUUUCUUAUCAGGCUCAGCCAUGGCAACUACACCAACAAAACAAAUAAACCUCUGCAGUGUACUCUCCGAGUCAAGGCGACUCAUCAAAUCCCAACGCCGCCACUUCCUCUCCCUCGGCCUCCUCUUCCUCCUCCCUCCGACCAUCGUCACCGCCACCUUUCCGAAGCUCCAAUCCCUUUUAUCCGAUUCCAUAAUCUCCUUAACCUUCCUCUAUCCAAAUAGUAGUUUUGGUACUUCUCCUGAUCAUGAUCAACACCCGGCCGGUACUAUUUCCACAAACACCCUUUUGAUAUCUCUCGUUUACCUUCUCUCCACCUUAGCCCUCUCUCUCUGUGCCGCGGGUUCGAUCACCUACACCGCCUUCCACGGCUUCUACGGUGAAGCCAUCAAGCCCAAGUCCAUUCUCAACUCGAUAGCCACCUCCUUCUUCCCACUUCUCGCCACCGCUCUUAUUUCCCACGCAAUACUUUUCUUGAUAGGUGUCAUCUUUGCUUUCUUUUCCGCCGCUGUGAUCGGCGGGGCUUGGCUGCUAGGGUUUCAGACUGAUCCCUCGUCGCCUUACUUUCUUGUGUUCUGCGCUUCCAUGGUGGUUCUUUUAGUGUUCGUGGUGAUACAUCUGCAAGUGAAUUGGGCUCUGGCUUCCGUGGUUGUGGUACUGGAAUCAACUUGGGGGUUCGAGGCCUUGAAUCGGAGUCGGAAUUUGAUCAAGGGAAGGAGAUGGCUCGCCUUCUCUUUGUCUUUGAUUUACGGGUUUGUGUAUGUAACGCUGGGGUGGAAUAUUACUUAUCCGGAGAAGGAUGAGAAUAGGAAGCGUUUGGUAUUAAUAUUUCUCUUCGUUGUACAAGUUGUGUUGACUUCGAGUUUUCGAGUGCUGGUUAAGAUUAGUGAAAUGAAUGCGAAUACUGCCUUGUACGUGUAUUGCAAGGCUAAUAUUCGUGAGGGAAAGGAGUCUGGUACUGGUCACUACGUGAGAUUGGUCGAUGACGAUGAGAAAGUUUAAUUAUAAUCGCGUUGUUUGUGUUAAUUAUGUGUUUAAUUAUGGUCCCGUUGUUUGUGAUAAUUAUGUAUUUAAUUAAAACUUUAGGGUUUGUUGUCAAGGCAAGAUGAUCUGCAGUGCCUCUAUAAGAUAUGGACAGCCAAGGUGGCGCUAUGAGGUGCCCUCAGAACAAAUAAGCAAUGUAAGAGUGGGACCCACUUAUUUUAAAAGUAAAAAAAAAAAAAAAAAAAGAUUCUCGUUU